CGGAAAGAACAUAAAGGACGAGGGCUGCGUUGUGGAUCUGCUCACCAAGCUUCCGAAGAUGGUCAAGUUCAAGACUGGAGUGAGAAGUAAACCGGAUGACUGCCUAAAAAAUUGUUCAGGCCAUAUUUUUGAUGGUGCUAGUGCAAAUCUCCUUCCAUUCGCCUACAGUUUAACAGAGAAGAAGAACGUCACGAAACUUAAGAAAGGACAGCUCUCUGAAAGAAAUAAAAAGGAUUGCAAUAACCACAAUUUUUGUGGCGAUGAACAACUUUGCAUGCCAUGGACUUCUCUCGAGGUUGCUUGGAACAAAUGCUUUUUUGAGGAUGGCAAAUAUCCUAUAUUUGCUCACAUCCAUCCAAUUGGCGAGAAACUGGCGAAAUGGAAUAUAAAGGAUCUUAAUGGUUCUGAAGAAUUUGGGUUGACGAUAGAGGAAGGCGGCUUCUCCAUGGAUUUGAAAGGAAAAUCGAGCGGCGACUAUAAUCUAACCGAUAAAGAUCCUGAAAACCAUCCAUACUGCGUUCUAAAAGGAAAAGGCUUUAUCAAACCUGUGGCUUGGAAAAUCAAUGGGACGAAUCCGGCUCCAGGAUAUGAUUAUCUGCUUGUCUUCUACAUGCUUCCACAGAGCGCUUCUCGAAAUCACAGCAAAGGCGAAAUCGUCAAAGAUGAUCCUCCUGAUGGUCCAAAAUGUGAAGAACUCUACAUUGAAUUUGCUGUGCAGUAA